AAUGGCAAUGCGUCUCUAAAGAUAACUCUAUCUAUGUGAGUGUAUACUUUCUUGGAGUUUGCUCUAAGAGCCAUUCAUUGCUCUAUCUCUUCACCUCAUAAAACUCAUACGUCCAACGAUUUAACCAAAGGAUAACCCACACACACAAAACAAACCUUUCACUUAGACAAACCAUAACUUCGUCAUGGCUUCAGUAACCUCAGCCACCGUCGCAAUCCCAUCUUUCACCGGUCUCAAAACCACAUCCUCGAGACCCUCAGCUGUCGUCAGAAUCCCCACCGUGGCGGCAACAUCACCGAAGCUCACCGUGAAGUCAUCGUUAAAGGACUUUGGAGUAGCUGUUGUAGCGGCUGCAGCUUCCAUUGCUUUGGCUGGAAACGCCAUGGCAAUAGAUGUUCUCUUGGGAUCAGGAGAUGGAGCGUUGGCCUUUGUUCCCAACGACUUCACUAUAGCGAAAGGUGAGAAGAUUGUGUUCAAGAACAAUGCUGGUUUCCCACACAACGUUGUGUUCGAUGAGGACGAGAUCCCAAGUGGUGUUGACGCUAGCAAGAUCUCGAUGGACGAGCAAGAUUUACUCAAUGGUCCGGGAGAGACGUACGAGGUUGCUUUAACUGAGCCUGGGACUUACAGCUUUUAUUGUGCGCCUCAUCAGGGUGCUGGUAUGGUCGGUAAAGUCACUGUUAACUAGUAAAAUGCGAGUGUAGUGAAACAGUUUUAUUACAUAAAGUGUUUUGUAGUUCUAAAGAGUGAUGAAUCGAAUGGACCGUGAUAUGUUAAAAUGUGACUGGGUCCAUCAUGAUCAUGAAUGGUAUUUCUUGGUUAUAGAUUAUAUGUUGAUUUAUAAUAUCUCGCCCUAAUUUUGUUUUUAAGAAUAUGAUAAAAAAAUAAGUAGGAAAUGUUAGGAUAAAUGUCUUUUAUGAAUCUAAUUAACGUUC